GUAUAUGUAGUGGUUUCUGCCUGAGUGCGUACAUAAAGCCGAUCUGAAGGUAGCGUAAACCCUCGCGGGGCGGAUUAGUAAGAAGUGACGAUUAGGGUUUAGGAAGAGUGUUUUGAAAUUCCAUCCAGCUACCGGAUCUUAAGCGGAUACGAUGCCAAGUCAAGAAAUUGAUGGGAACUCUCUUUCUCCAUCACAUGUGGACUUACAAGACACACAGCAGGAGGCUCUAAAAGGAUCAUCAAGUGGUGGCUCCAAGCAUGGUUCACGUGAUUAUGUGAAAGACAAGGAGAGGGAAUCUUCUAAAAGCAGAGACAAAGAAAGGGAGAGGGGUCGAGACAGAGAUCGAGAACGGGACAGGGACAAAGAUAAGGACCGAGAACGAGAACGAGAACGAGAAAGGGAUAGGGACAGGGAGAGAGAUAGAGACAGAGACAAGGAAAGAGAUAGAGAUAGGGAUAAGGAUAGAGAGAGGGAUCGUGACAAGGAUCGGGAUCGUCGUCACCGAGACCGCCACAGGGAUCGAGGUGAUAGAAAAGAAAGGACCAGGGAUAGAGAUGAUGAUGAUGACUAUCAUAGAAGUCGAGAUUAUGACAGGCGGAGAGAUCAGGAUAGAGAUAGGGAGGAAAGACACAGUCACAAGUCAAGAUCCCGUUCUAGGCCGAGGUCUGAGCACCGAUCAAGGUCACGAUCUCGUUCCCGCUCCAAAAGCAAAAGGACAAGUGGUUUUGACAUGGCACCUCCUUCACUGCUUCCUACAGCUGCAACUGCUGUUGCAGGUCAGCUACCUGGGACAGCCCCCGCCAUACCUGGAAUGUUUCCUAAUAUGUUACCCCUGGCAGGACAGUUUGGAGCACUCCCUGUAAUGCCUGUGCAGGCAAUGACACAGCAGGCUACGAGACAUGCUAGGCGGGUAUAUGUUGGUGGACUCCCCCCAACUGCUAACGAACAGUCUGUAGCAACUUUCUUCAGUCAUGUCAUGUCAGCAAUUGGAGGAAACACUGCUGGUCCAGGAGAUGCUGUGGUGAAUGUUUAUAUUAACCAUGAGAAGAAAUUUGCUUUUGUGGAGAUGAGAUCUGUUGAAGAGGCUAGUAAUGCAAUGGCAUUGGACGGAAUUAUAUUUGAGGGUGCACCUGUGAAAGUGAGAAGACCAAGUGAUUACAAUCCUUCUCUAGCUGCCACUCUUGGCCCUAGCCAACCCAAUCCUAAUCUCAAUCUUGCCGCAGUGGGAUUGACACCAGGAUCUGCUGGUGGGCUUGAAGGUCCUGACCGUAUAUUUGUCGGUGGAUUGCCGUAUUACUUCACAGAAUCACAGAUCAGGGAGCUGCUGGAAUCCUUUGGGCCACUUCGAGGCUUUGAUCUGGUUAAAGAUAGAGAAACUGGGAACUCCAAAGGCUAUGCAUUUUGUGUUUACCAAGAUUUAUCAGUUACAGAUAUUGCUUGCGCAGCUCUUAAUGGAAUUAAAAUGGGGGAUAAGACACUUACUGUCAGACGAGCCAACCAGGGGGCAACACAACCUAAACCCGAGCAAGAGAGUGUGCUAUUGCAUGCACAGCAACAGAUAGCUCUACAAAGGCUCAUGUUAGCCCCUAAUGUGACACCCGCCACAAAGGUUGUAUGCUUGACACAAGUGGUUACUCCGGAUGAACUCAAGGACGAUGAUGACUAUGAAGAUAUAUUGGAAGACAUGAGAAUGGAAUGUGGAAAGUUUGGUUCUUUGGCAAAUAUUGUUAUACCUCGACCGCUUCCCAGCGGAGAAAUGGCGCCAGGUGUUGGAAAGGUGUUCUUGGAGUACAUUGACACCGAAAGUGCAGUAAAAGCUCGACAAGGGCUGAAUGGAAGGAAAUUUGGAGGAAACGAAGUGGUGGCAGUGUUCUAUCCAGAGAACAAGUUUGGUGAAGGUGAUUACAGUGGGUAGUAAGUGAUUUCUACAGCUCUUGUUUACAUAAAUUACGUAGCGGAAUGUGUCGGACUACUUCUCCUGAGGAUUUAGCAGAGACCCAACAUGUUUUGUUUCGUUAUUAUGUGAUGUGGUGUGUUGUGGUGGCGUAUUACCUGUUUUAAUAUCCACUACUACCUCUGGCUGUGUAAGUACUGCCUCUGCCUCUGCCUCUGCCUGUUGUAGCAAAUGAUGUUCAACUUC